UCUCAACAGAUAGCAACAACCAUUUUUUUACGGGAUGCCGUUACAUUAGUCAUUGUGGUAGUGUCUUAAGUUACCGCAAAUCUGAGAUUAGUUCAGUGUAGUUAGUUCAUAGACGUAGCGUUUACAAUGUGGAAAUUCAAAUUUCUUGUUUUAUUUUCAUUAUUAGUUUCAGUUCGGUGUUACAAUUUUUUGGGAAUAUUUCCGUUUUCAAGUAAAAGCCAUAUGCAAAUGUUUUCUAGUUUAGUGAAGGAACUGGCCGCUAAAGGUCAUAAUGUAACUGUCGUAAGUGUGUUUCCGGAGAAUGGUAAACUUCCAAACUACACUGAUAUAGAUAUUAGUAACGAGAUUCCCUCUAUAAUGGAUUCUAUCGAUAUGUCGUCUUUGAAAACAAAUUCUAGAUUAUCUAAAUAUCUAACCGUGUUGUUUUUAUCAAAAAUGGCCGAUAUGACUUGCCAAGGAUUAUCUUCGAAAUUAUUGCGAAAUUUUUUGAAUACCUCAGGAAGUUUUGACGCUAUUAUAACAGAAGACUUCAAUUCUGAAUGUUAUUUUAGCGUGUUUAACAAAAUUAACGUUCCGGUGAUAGGAAUGAGUUCUUCUGGUAUUUUACCAUGGGUAUAUACCCACUUUGGAAUACCCUGUAAUCCAGCAAUCGUCCCCAACAUAUUAUUACCUUACACAAACAAGAUGUCGUUUUUUCAACGAUUGGAAAAUACUUUGGUUACAUUUAUGUACAACAUGUGGUUCAAAUUUCACAGACGAGAAAAGGAAAAACAAAUUGUCAGAUCGCAUAUGGGAGAAGAAGCGUCAAACUUGGAAAGUUAUACUCAAAAUCUAAGACUUUUGUUAGUAAAUACACAUUAUUCACUAACUUUGACCAAACCAACGGUUCCAAACGUCAUUGAGGUAGGCGGUAUUCACAUUAAACAACCAAAAGUUUUACCUAAGGAUUUAAAAGAUUGGAUCGAGGGAUCAACAGAUGGCGUUAUAUAUUUUUCCAUGGGAUCUUUAUUGAGAGGUUAUACUUUUCCUAUUCAAAAGCGCGAGGCUUUCAUUAAAGCAUUCAACUCACUCCCCUAUAGAGUUUUAUGGAAAUUUGAGAACGAAACAAUGGAAGGUGCCUCAGACAAAAUAUUAGUGCGAGAUUGGUUGCCUCAACUGGAUAUAUUAUGUCACCCCAAUGUUAAGCUAUUUAUUUCACAUGGUGGUUUGCUUGGUAUGCUUGAAUCAGUAUAUUGUGGUGUUCCAAUGAUUAUAAUACCUCAUUUUGGUGAUCAGUUCAAUAAUGCCGCUGCUUUGGAAGCGAAUGAAGGAGGAAUUAUACUGAAUGUUCCUGAUAUUACAGAAGCCACUGCCUUACAAACUAUCAAGGAUGCAAUAAAUUUAUCGAGAAAUGCGAAAAUCUUAUCAGAAAGAUUUAAAGAUCGACCUCUACCACCACUGGAAACCGCCGUCUACUGGACUGAAUACGUUGUGAGGCACAAAGGAGCCUCUUUUAUGAAAUCUGCAGCUGUUGAUAUGCCUUUUUAUCAGUAUUACUUACUAGACGUACUUACAUUUUUGGCUUGUAUAUCAACAAUCACAAUAUGUCUUAUUAUUUAUAUUUGUAAAUUGAUAUUAAGAAAAGUAGGAUACAGUCUCAAUAGAAUGAAAGCUAAACUAGGACCCGUAUGCUAUAUAAAUGCAGCAUUAAAUUUUUUAAUUUAUAUCGAAAUGUAUUGCUUGAACGUGAUAAUUAUCAUUCUAUCUAUUUUAAGUGUUUGUAAUUGUUUGAAUAUAUUAUUUAUGAUUACAUUUUAUGGCAAAAGUCACUAUUUGGCUUUCGAGUCACUCAUCAAACAAAUGUCAAAGAAAGGACACAAUGUUACGGUGAUAAUAAAUACAAAAAUUAAUAAAUUUGGUGAUUAUCGUGUAAUUAAUAUAAUGGAUGACUCUGUGAAUAAAACGGAAGUUUUAUCAAUGAACAUUGCUACAGAACUGAGAACGGACCUUUAUAAAAGAGUUCUUAAUCAAAGAGAGUAUUCAAAUCAGUGUUGUUCCAAAAUGAAAAGUAAAAAUUUCCUGAAUUUUUACAAUGAAAAUGUUACUUUCGAUAUUAUAGUCGCCGAAGUGUUCAAUACAAAUUGUUUUUUUGGACUACAAGCUAAAUUUAAUGCUCCAAUUGUAGGUAUUACAACCACAGAUUUUCUUCCAUGGAUGUAUCAAUGGUUCGGUUGUCCAGAAAACCCAUCGUAUAUUCCAGUUCUUUUUAUGGAUUACUCGGAUAGGAUGAACUUUUUGCAACGACUGGAAAACACUUUGAUGCUCGUCUAUAGUAAAUUUAUCCAUUUUUAUUAUAUUGGACCAUCGGGAAACGAAUAUUCAAAAAAAUAUCUUGGAGUUGAUCUGUAUCAAGGAGGAGACAUCCUGUAUAAUAUAAGUUUGUUGUUGAUUAAUAGACAUUAUUCGUUCCAAACACCGAAACCUUUGACUCCAAAUGUUAUCGAGGUAGGAGGUAUUCAUAUAGAACCACCGAAGAAGCUGCCGAAGAAUUUAGAACGGAUAGUGAGUAAUUCUAAGGAAGGUGUUAUAUUGAUGAGCAUGGGAUCGACUCUCAAAGGAAGUACUUUUCCAGAAAAACAGAGAAAGUUAUUUCUAAAAGUAUUUUCACAGUUAAAUCACACGAUUCUUUGGAAAUGGGAGAAUGAUACAAUGGAAGGUCUUCCAGCAAAUGUGAAAAUCCAAAAAUGGCUGCCGCAACUCGAUUUACUUUGUCAUCCAAAUGUCAAGCUGUUCAUCACACACGGUGGAUUGUUAGGAACGCAAGAAGCCGUGUAUUGCGCUGUACCAAUGUUGAUAUUACCACAAUUUGCUGAUCAACAUUACAACGCAGCACUCUUGAAAAAAUCCGGAGCUACUCUAAAUCUCAAGUUAAGGACUACAACAGAAGAAGAACUUACUGAGGCCAUAAAUAAACUAUUUAGUCCAGAAUUUUCUAAAAACGCCAAAGCUUUGUCAGAUCGUUUCAAAGACAGACCGAUGUCUCCAAUGGAUACAGCAAUUUAUUGGAUUGAAUAUGUAGCCAGGCAUAAAGGGGCUCCUUUUAUGAAGUCGGCUGUUACAGACUUGCCCUUUUACCAAUCAUUACUUCUUGAUGUGAUUGCGUUCCUCAUUUUAGUUAUGUUGAUUUCAAUAAAUAUCAUAUAUUUAUUUAUAAAAUAUACAGUGAGUGUAUUCAGAUUCAAAACUGAACCAAAAAUUAAAAUACAAUAAUAUA